CCUUAGUAGUAUGCGGUUGCGCGUCAGGGUCGGAAGGCCCGGGCCCAGUCACCUCCUCCUCCGUCCGUCCGGUCGCCGCUGCAUUUUCCGCCACCGCCGCCGCCGCCUCCUCUCCUCUGCCACCGAAGUCGUACGAGCUCGGCUUCGCGUUCUGCCGCGCCGCAAGUUCACCAUCCUGGUCUUGCUCAAAACCUCUGCAAGGUUGGGGAUUACUGAUGGCAGCCAUCCUGCCAAGAACCGCGCUGCUGCUGCGGACGCCGCGCGGCGCCGGCCGGCUCGCGCGGUUCCUUGGAGCCGGCGUGCCCACCGCUUCAUCCGAUGCUGGGACGGCGGCCUCGGCGGCGGAGGAGUUCGUGCCGUGGCGCAACGGCGGCGGCGUUCUGCACCGGGCGGCGUCCGUUGACCCCACCGCGGUGGUGGAGGCCGGCGCCGUCGUGCACUCCGGCGCUGUGAUUGGCAAGGAGGUGGUCGUCGGGUCCGGGACCGUGGUCGGGCCUUCGGUGUCCGUGCGGCAGUCCACCAGGAUCGGGUACAAUGUUGUCUUGAGCAACUGCUCGGUGGGCGAGUUCUGCACUAUCCACAAUGGCGCCUGCAUCGGUCAAGAUGGUUUUGGUUUCUUUGUGGACCAGGAUGGACAGGUCAAGAAAAAACCACAGGAGCUUUAUGCAAGAAUUGGAGACAAUGUGGAAAUUGGUGCAAAUACAUGCAUUGACAGAGGCAGUUGGAGAGACACAAUGAUUGGAGAUGACACCAAGAUUGAUAAUCUGGUUCAGAUAGGUCACAAUGUGGUGAUAGGAAAGUGCUGCAUGAUUUGUGGACAAGUAGGGAUCGCAGGUUCUGCAACGUUGGGUGACUACGUAGUAUUAGGUGGUAGGGUGGCCAUCCGGGAUCAUGUCUCCAUUGCUUCAAAGGUUAGACUUGCUGCAAAUAGUUUAGCGACAAAGGACAUUCAGGAGCCCGGUGACUAAGCAUUUCAUUUUCAGCAUUCUACUAUGGAGGCUAUUUGAUUUUGUGGAGCUGCAGCGAUGAAACUUCAAUAUAUAGUGCAACAACCUAUCGUUGAAGUAUUUAGGGCAUGUCUGGUUGGCAUCCAUAGUUUGCCACACUUUUCUGCCAUAAGUGUGGCAGGUGUUUGGUUGUAGCCACAGUUGUGGCUUGCCACAUUUCAUUGAUCACAUACCUCACUUGUCAUAGACUUAGUUGCUAGCUAACUUUUGUCACAAGUGUGCAGGGCAACUAAGGGCGUGUUUGGGUUGGAGCCAAGAGCAGCCCAGCCAAAAAGUUGGUCGUUGAUGACCAAGAAAUUGGCUCGCCCUGGCCGCCUUUGCUUUGCCAGUUCAGUUUUUCGCCAACUCGCGGGCGAGUUGUGGGCGGCAGAAUACUGUUCUUUUUUUUUGCAGAGUGAUGAACAAAGUUUAAUGAAAAAUAAGUAUAUUACCAUGUAUAUACUCCUCCAUUGACUAGAAAUGAAAGAUGCUUGCUCCCCGCCUGA